AUAUGAAUCCAAACUGGCCAUAUUUACUGCUCUCAGAUAUGAAUCCAAACCUCAUUUUUCCUUUUACCUCUCCCCCCCAAAUAAGCUCAUCUUAUAGGGGCACAAUCCCAAACAAAGACCAAACAAAAUAAAAAGAAUAUAAUAGGUAUUACAGCCUAAUGUAUUAUUCAUUCUUUCACUAAUAUAUCGGGUUUCUUACACAUUCUCUAAUCAUAAUUGAGAAACUGUCUAUUUAUGAUAAUCAAUUGCUUUCUUUCCUUUUUCAAAUCCCAUAUCGAUUAAUUUAUUAAAGACUGGUCAAAAAUCAAGCAUUCUACACAAUGGAUUCAACAUCGAAACAAAACCAAGCAUCUAUCGAUAUAAUCGAGCACUCGAAAGAGAAUAUCGAACCGAGAAGACAAGGUCAUUCCGCUUCAGCAAUCAGCAAAGCUUUCUCUAAAGAUCAUGAGCAAAAAUACAGCAACCAACUACACGAGGAAAGAGCGAACUUUGAGAAAAAACUCCAAGUGUCAGACGAAGAGGAGGAUCCUUUACAAAUUUGGAUUGACUACAUUCAAUGGACUUUGAACUCUUAUCCCCAAGGCAAUACCACUGAAAGCGGGUUGCUUUCUUUGUUAGAGCGCUGUUCUCAACAUUUUAUAAAAGUGCCUGUUUACAAAAACGAUAUACGCUAUCUUCGUAUUUGGAUGCAAUAUGCAAAGUACGUUGAUGAUCCUGCUGAACUGUUCUCUUUUUUGUCUCUUCAUGAAAUAGGCACGAACUUUUCACUUUAUUAUGAGGAAUUUGCAAGUUACUAUGAAUCAAAAGGAUCAUACAAAAAAGCCGAAGAAAUCUAUCAAAAAGGGUUUCUUCGAAAAGCUAAACCUUUCGCUCGGUUUCAAGAACGCUAUCAUCAAUUUGUCCAUCGUAGAGUCAUAUAUGCUCCUGACACUAUUUCUACGAGCCCAACUAACGAAUAUCCUCCUCUACAAACUACUUACCAAGCGUCUAGUCUUCAACCAAAAAGCCGGAGCAAUGAAGAUUCUAUUCCAGAAGCGAGAAAGUUUUCUGUUUUUUCAGACGCUGAGGCUAUUGAAUCUCAGAACGGUAAAUUCAGCAAUCCCUCCUCCUGGGAAGCUUUUGGAACUGUGGAACAAAAAAGAAAAGAAAAUACAAUUCCUUCUCGUGCUUGGGUCGGUGAAAUUUUACACACGCAGUCCUCCCGCAAAGUCGAUCCAUUAGAUAAUUUUUCUGUCUAUCAAGAUGAAACUUCAUCCCAUUAAUGUGUCUCAAUUUUUAAUGAACUUCUGAAAAUUAUUUUUUUAUUCCCUAUGCCUUUAUACUUUGAAAAAUUAUGGUUAAGUAUCAAAAUUCUAAUUUGUCAAAGGAAUCCAGCGGGUUAUCCACAUGUCAAAAGUUAACUUCCAUUAUAUACCAUUUAUAAACAGAUCUAUAAUAAAAAUAUAAAUAAUUUAUUCACAG